GGCUGGCGAUGCUCGGGGAGUUUGGGCGGCUCCUGCGAAGCGUGUGUCUAUGUGUGUGUGUCAGGCUAGGUAGAGCCGUGCAAGGCAAGGGACCGGCUGGAAGGUGAGCAGCACAGGGAGAAUGGAAGCGGCUGCUACUGCGGUUUUUGGUGUCGCUGCUCCGCCUUUGCAUUGAGGGGGAAGAGGAGGAAGCCUUUCCUGGCUAGCCGUGCGUGAGCAUAGAGUCAAGAGGUAGUUCUUUGCUGUAGGAGCAAUGGAGAUGCAAUCUUACUACACCAAACUCUUGGGAGAGCUCAAUGAGCAGCGGAAGAGGGACUUCUUUUGUGACUGUAGCAUCAUUGUGGAGGGGAGGAUUUUCAAAGCCCACAAAAACAUUCUGUUUGCCAACAGUGGUUACUUCAGAGCUUUGCUGAUCCACUACAUCCAAGACAGUGGCCGACACAGCACUGCUUCCCUGGACAUUGUUACAUCAGAGGCCUUCUCAAUUAUCCUGGACUUCCUUUAUUCAGGGAAGUUGGAUCUUUGUGGGGAAAACGUGAUUGAAGUUAUGUCUGCAGCCAGUUACCUGCAGAUGACUGAUGUUGUCAACUUCUGCAAGACAUACAUCAGGUCGUCACUGGACAUCUGCAGGAAAAUAGAGAGAGAAGCUGCCUUUUAUCAGGCUGACAGUGGGAGCUCUAGUUCUGCUCGAGAGGGCACGUCGUAUGGGGCAAAGAGCCAGUGCUCAGCGUCAGUUUCAUCUCUGCAGGAGAAAGAGAGGGUUCCAGAUUGCCAGCGAGACCCUCCCUGUGGGGAAUGUUGCAGCUGCCACCCCAUUCAGCUUGUAGUGCGGGACCCUGUAAGCAGUGACUCUCCAGAUGACACAAAUUCUUCACUGCCCAAAGUGGUAGAACCCAAAGUAGAGUUUGAUGCAGACGAAGUGGAAGUGGAAGUUGGCGAGCGACUACAGCAGUACCCAACACCGCUGACGAUUGAGCAGAUAGAGGAGGGGCUCCAUAGUGGCCAGGCCAUGGACCUGGCAUGCAACAACUAUCACAUGAAGCAGUUUCUAGAAGCUCUGCUGCGCAACAGUGCAGCCCAGAGGAAGGACGAUGUGGUCCAUCAUUUUGUCCGCGGGUUUGAGGGUAGGCCAGAGGAUGCAGGAGUGCCCAUGAGUUCCGUGGUGGACAUUCACAAUGACUGGUAUGGAGAGGAUGCAGGUGAUGUGCUGGUCGUGCCGAUCAAGCUGCACAAGUGCCCAUUCUGCCCAUACACGGCCAAACAGAAAGGGAUUCUGAAGCGGCACAUCCGUUCGCACACGGGCGAGAGGCCCUACCCAUGCGAGAUAUGCGGCAAGCGUUUCACACGGCAGGAGCACCUCCGGAGUCAUGCUCUGAGUGUCCAUCGGUCAAACAAGCCAAUCAUCUGCAAGGGCUGCAGGAGAACGUUUACAAGCAGCCUGUCCCAAGGCUUGCGCCGCUUUGGAUUGUGCGACAGCUGCACUUGUGUCACGACUACGCACGAGGAUUCGAUGCCCAUUAACCUCAGUCUGAUGGAACCUUCGUCUGAAGGCCAAGAAAAGAGCGACCCAGACAACGAUUGGCCCAUCUAUGUGGAAUCUGGUGAUGAAAAUGACCCCCCUGAAGAUGAUGAUGCUGACCCUGAUCCUGACGACAAGCAGGAUCUCCAUCGAGAAUCACUUAUGUAGCAGCAAAAAGAGGGCAACCUAUUGAAAUCAAUUGGACCAAUGCAACAAUGGAUUGUGUGUGAAUUUCUGAAAGUGCAGUCAUAUCACAGUUUGGAUUUGCUGUAAGUGGAUGUACUGACACAGCAACAUAGAAGAGCCCUGCUGGAUCAGGCCAAAAGUCCAUCCAGCAUCCAGCAUCCUGUUCUCUCAGCAGUCAACCAGAUGCCUGUGGAAAUCCCACAGAGAGGAGCCAAGCGCAACUCUCCCCACUUGUGAUUUCCAGCAAUUGGCAUUCAGAGGCAAACUGUCCUGGAAGGUGGUACAUAGCCAUUCAUGGCUGCAUGAGUUUGUCUAAUCCUCUUUUAAAACCAUCCAUGCCUGUGGCUAUUCCUAUAGUUUUAACUGUGUCCUGUGGGAAGAAGUACACCAUCAGUUUACAGGUUACUUUAUAUAGCUUCGUAAGGAAAAUAUUUGUAAAAGCUGCUCUGUGCUCCCAACGAGCUUUCAAAAUCCUACACAGAACAGAGCAAGGGUAGGGAGAGAUAAGGCUAGGGAGUGACUAAUGCCAUGAUUACGGCUCAAGUACAAAGCUCUUUAAAAAAGUUUCCCUGAACAUCUCAAAGAAAGAUGCCGCAUUCUUAGUUGGCCAGGUAAGAGCUUGCACAUAACUUAAGUCAUAUGUGCUUCAUUGGCAGCAGGUGUUCUUUGCACAUGAAGUUCUGAUGUGUGUGUGCACCAAGAGCUGGGGGGGGGGUCUUCUGUUUAACGCAGUCAGCACAGCUCUGUGUUCACAUUUCCACUGCCUGCACGGAGCUGCAACUGAUAUUACAGGGAAUGGAGUGACUCAUAUUCCCCAAACUUGAGUUCUAUGUGCCUGUGGAGCUUUGGACUGGAAUAUGGCCCAUUUGACCUGUAAAUAAUAAACGACUCGGAAGCCAUUUUGGCAUAUAAGUGGUUAUAUAAAUAAUAAAUAGUAAGGAGGCCAAAGGUGUAAGAAUUAAAGUGGUCUUGGUGGUAUGCAGGGAAACGACCUGAUCCGAUUGCUUUCUUAACAUACCAGGGCUCAAGAGACUAAUCAGAACUGUGUGCUUAUCUGUGGGUAAUGGAAAGUAGUACUGAAGUGCCAUCACUGCCUGCCUAAUUUCUGGUGUCUCCUUUCUGAUGUUUGACUUGUGUCAGGGUAGAUCAGAAAUAAACCAAAGUUGAGAAUCUGCAGAGACCACCACUAUAGCAGUUAUUUUUAUUUUGUCUUUUUCUUCCCGGGGAGGCGGGAGAAACAAAUAUGAAGUGCUUUUGUAAUUUUGUUUCUGCAGUGGUGCAUUAUCAAGUCUUGUAUGUUUAAACUGUUUAUGUACUAUACAUGUUUAUAUAACUGUAGUCCAGUACUUUUAUAGCUGAAAAUGUGAAAAAAUAAAUAUCAAAAUAACAUUGAAA